AUGCAAUUCUCCAAGGUCAUUGUCCCAGCCGCCGUCGCUUCCGCUGUUGCCGCCGCCAACAUCACCGUCACCACCGAUGUUGUUGUCACCGACUACACCACCUACUGCCCAUACCCAACCUCUUUCGUUGUUAACAACAAGACCAUCACCGUCACUGAGGCCACCACCUUGACCAUCACCGGUCCAUGCACCAUCCCAUCCACCUACGUCACCUCUGCUGCUUCCACCAAGGCUCCAGCUGUCACCACCGCUAACGGUGCUGCCAAGGCUGCUUACGGUGCCGCUGCUGGUGUUGCCGCUGUUGCUGCUGCUCUCUUCUAA